AAUAAGAAAAUAAUUGAGAACUACUCAUCAGAAAGGACAAUGAGGAUGAAGUAUUACAAUAUGGUGGAAGAUAUGAAAGGUAAAAUCCGAGUGUUGUGUCGGAUUCGGCCACCGAGCCGAAUCGAGGCUGCACAGGGCGAGGCUGUGGUUGUGGAUAAAGUCGAUGAGUUCUCUGUGAAGGUGGAAACCGCUCGAGGGCCUAGGGAGUUUCAGUUUGACAAGGUGUUCUGUGCCGAAACAUCUCAGGAAGAUUUGUUUCAUGACACCAACAGACUGAUCCAGUCAGCCAUCGAUGGUUACAACGUCUGCAUCUUUGCAUAUGGCCAGACAGGUUCAGGGAAGACCUUCACCAUGGUGGGCGACAAAGAGCAGAAGAACCCAGGGAUCUUGCCGAGAUCUUUUCAUGCCAUUUUUGAAAUCAUCAGAGAGAACAGCACCAGGUUUGACUACAAGGUUUCGGCCUAUAUGCUCGAGCUGUACAACGACAGGUUGCAGGACCUCUUUGUGAGCCUUGCUGGUGAGGCCCAUGCCCUGCCCCAGUCCCAUGGCCAGGCCAGGCGAGUGGAAAUCAAGAGGAACAGAAAGGGGGUUGUGUUCGCCCAAGGCGCAGAGACAAAGGAGGCUUCCAGUGCCCAGGAGCUCUAUGCUCUGUUCCAGCAGGCCUGCACCAACCGACACAUCUCUGCCACCAAAAUGAAUGUGGAGAGUUCUCGCUCCCAUCUCAUUGUUGGCAUCAUGGUGGAGAGCAGGAAUCUGACCAAUGGGAGCGUGAGCACUGGGAAGCUGAGCCUGGUGGACCUGGCAGGCAGUGAGAGAGCAGCCAAGACUGGCGCCAAGGACCACCAGCUGAAGGAGGCUAACUCCAUUAACAAGUCUCUCAGCGCCCUGGGUGAUGUGAUCUCAGCCCUGUCUGCGGAGCUGCCCCAUGUGCCGUACAGGAACAGCAAGCUGACACAGGUGAUGCAGGACUCGCUGGGCGGUAAUGCCAAAACCCUGAUGAUCGUCAACAUUUCUCCCUCAGAGUGCAACGUCGAUGAGACUCUCACAUCCCUCAUUUACGCAACAAGAGUGAAGGCCAUAACCAACAAUGCUCAGAGAAACGUGGAGAGCAAAGAGAUCAUCCAGCUGAAAGAGGUGAUCAUGAAGCUGAGGUCGGGACAGACUGCGGAGGAGGAGGAUGUCUGACCUCUACUACUCUACAACAUUGCAGCAGCCACUGGAGGAGACUAUGGAAGUGGGACGAGUUAGCUCGGCUCUGCGUCCCUCCGAGCGACAUUAAAAAGGAGGAGGAUCCAUUGAAGGGAUGGGGGUUGAAGACGGGUCGAAGACAAGGACACGAAUGGGAUGAGCAGAUGAUAGAGAAUGCAAGUGAUGAGGAGGAGAUGGAAGAGAGGAGGCGAGGAGGGGAAGAAGAGGGCGAGUGAGGGUGAGGAUGAACCCUGCGUGAACACAGUUUGAGGCCUGGAGCGAUGAUCAUCAAUCUGAAACAGCCUCUCUCUCCCUCCCUCAGUGUUUAACUGUAACUAAUAUCUGAAGAUAAAGACUUUUAAUGAGUGUCUGUUUUCAGCUAGUUUAAUUUUUAAUGUGGUGGGACAGGAAGGCAGAGGGACUUUACCCACCCUUUCAGAAUAUAGGCCCAGACGCACUUUGAAUGACCCUCAGCCGUUUAAUAUUGAGUUCAAUACAUGAAGUUAGUUUGUAUUAAAUGAUAUU